GUUAGGUUCGGUGAGGUUAGGUCGGAUUAGAUAAGGUUGGAUGAGGUGAAGUGAGGUGAGGUGAGGUGAGGUGAGGUUAGUUUAAGGUGAGGUGAGGUUACGUUAGGUUAGAUUAGGUUACGUUACAUCAGUUAGGUUAGGUUAGGUAACAGGCCAACUAAGUUGCAGAUUGAGCUACUUUGGGUGGGAAUCACAAUUAGAGUAUAUUCCAGAACACCCCGUGGUUAGUUUGGGAGCUAUAACCGAACAUCUUUACUCGGUGACAGAAUACCCGUAGAGAUAGUGGAUAUGGACAAGGGCAAGGCUCCACUCUGCUACCCUUUCCAUUCUAGCCUCACCCCUUUUCCCUCCCGCCUCUAUCCUCCCUCUCAUGCCCUCCCUUGCCCCUCCCGGUCCCCUCCCACUUCAACCAUACGUCUCUGUAUAUUUCUACAUCACAAGUAACAGUAAGCUCACGGUGAGUCUCGAAACCCAACAAGAAAUGAAGGGCAUCAGAUAGAGGGAAGACAUUCCUCACAUCCACCUGAUAAGAGCCGAGACAGGGAAGCAUCGUAAUAACAAGAGAGAUGGAGAGGAAAGGGAGAGGCGGAAGGGAAACGGAAGGGGUGAGGAGGGACUGGGAGUGACGGAGGGUAGAGGCAGGGAGGGACUUCGAUGUGUGGCAACUCUUGAACUGAGGUACACACACACGCACUGAACUGCAAAAGUUGUGGUGUUCAGGCGGUAGUCGGGUGCACCAAAGACUAGCACGUCAAUUACUCUCCUUGGCCUGGAGGCCGCGGUGCAGUGAGGCGGUAGAGGGAAUCAUCAGCUUGGGGACUGGGGCUCACUGGCAAUGUUGAAGUAUUUGGUACGAACGUACCAGACUAGGUACUUUAGGGUGUGCAAAGUAAAAAUGGUACGACUUCCACUAGAUCUCAUAUUAAAUAGGGAGAUGGUAUUUUUGUUCUAUACACUGUGGAAAUGAGACUAACAGUGUCGUUAAGUCGUAACAUGUUUAUGUCCUGCCAUGUACUUCGCAAGUGUUCAAUAAAAUACUGAUUUUUUUUUUCAAUUUAUUUAUUUUCUAUUUACGGAGCAAAUAUUAGUCGCGAUGCAGGGCUACUAACGGGUCAAAUACUCUUCUCUGGUGCGCGAGGAGAUAAAUUGAAUUUUAAAGGUAUGUAGACCAGUAAAUAAUGUUAUAUUUACUCAAUAUGGUACGUUUUGUUCUCAUUUGGUACUUUUUACUUGUGCAAUCUGGUAUUACUUCUUAAAACUGAAUGGCAGCACUGCUCGCGGGGCAGUGGCCAGUGAGGCCGUGGCGGAGGAGAGAGAGUGCAGGCAGAUAACCGUGACUCUCGACGUAACACUGAGACUGAACUUGCUCUACACGUGACAGUGGUGGUAAUAGUGGCGGUGGCGGGGACUGUCCGUGCACGUGUAUACAGAACUACAGGUGACGCCGGUGUGAGAUAAGGUGAUGUUAGUAGCGCAGAGUUUGCUCGAUGAGGUCACGUAACGAUUUGGUGUGAUGGUGUUAAAUGUUGAGGAACUGUAUUACUUCGAUCUUUGAGCGGGAAAUUCUAUAGAACGUGACGUGCCUGUGUUAGUGUGGAUGAGCAGUGUUGUUGGAUAGACAGUAUUGGCAAUCAUUUCGCCUCUUCGCCGCUCGAGGCCCCUGGCAGCAAGGUAUAGGCUACAGAGUAUGUGUGAUCACGGGCCCCUGGAGCGAAAGAAAACGGGCGCGUCUCAGACUAAUUAUUUUUAUGCGGGUCAAAGUUAGACCCCUGAUAACAAUAAAGACAAAGGGUGCAACACCAUUAAGCACGUCAGCAUUCAAAAGCACGACACAGCGAUUCCAAGCAUCACGAUGACUUAACGAUUGCCGCCUUGCCUGCUUGCCUGAGGCUAAGCAGGACUGUAGCAGCAGUAGGAGCUACGGCAGGAGGAGGAGAGCUGGGGUGUGCACUGACAGUACGAAAAGAGAAGCCAUGACUGCUAAGACAACAGUGGCAGCAGUCAAGGCAAGCGGGACGGCAGGGGCAAAGGAGUGCCAGGACCGCAGUACACAAAGAAAUGAGUGCCUGGACACAUACUGCAAAGACAGACACAGGGAUGACGAGGACAAUUACGGUGGCGAUGGCGGCGCAAGGGGUGGUGAGGACAAGAGAAACCAGAAUCAACACCACCGCCUCCAGAGCGGCGGGGACAAGGUCGCCUACAAGCUGGUGCCGCCCGACGGAGGCUGGGGCUGGAUGGUGGCACUGGGCACCUUCAUCAUUAUGUCGCUGCUGAUGAUGCUGGGACCCUGCUUCGGCGUGAUGUUUUCGGAGUACCUGCUGGGUGAAGGCUCCUCCUCCACCUUAACCGCCUGGAUCUUCAACGCGCAAGGCUUUCUCUGGAAUGCAAGCAGUUUCUUGACGUGGUCACUCACGCAGGAGUUCGGGUGGCGCGCCGUGGCCCUGACUGGCUCCAUGCUGGCCGCCGCGGGGAUCAUGAUCUCCGCCUUCACCCCAAGCCCCGUCUUUCUCUUCUUCUCCUUUUCCUUGUUGUCAGGUAAAUGGUAGACGUGAUGUCCUCAUGUUCCAGCUUACAACUGUCUUCAUAAACGACUCGGCAACUCUGUUCGCCUCUUUGAAAUGCCUCUCGUGGAAGUUGAAGUGGAGGGACAGUUUUGUGAUCCCAGUGAUAAUUUUACUUUUGCAUCUUGACCGGGAAAAUCACCCAUGAAAACCUGGUUAAUCUUCUCAGUGGGCUUGAAAAACAGUCGUAAUGGAAGCCUUCGUUUUCAACUUCAUUUACUCUUUCACCUUGUCUGCCUCUCCUGCCUCCUUGCCUUAUGCUGCUACAUUGGUCACUCUCGCUUCAACUUAAAAUCCUUCCCUCCCCUUCCAGGGGUCGGCGGUGGCCUGGUGACCUGCCAGUGCUUCACCAUCCUGCCGCACUACUUUGUACGGCGCCGAGGUCUCACCAACGGCAUCAUGAUGAGCGGCAUCUGCAUGGGACAGUUGAUGGGGCCGCCCUUGGCCCGCUUCCU